AUGCCGCGGUCGCCGUCGCCAUCUCCGUCGCCGUCGCCGGAGAGGCACCACCACCAACCCGCGCGCCGGAGGGUCGGCGCCGCCUCGUCCCAGAUGCUCCAUCACCACCACCGCGGCGGCCGCUCGCCGUCGCCGUCGCCGCCGCCCCGCCGCUCGCUCCGCCCGCGCCGAGCCGCCGCCGCCUCCUCCCGCCCGCUCGUCGACGACUUCUUCCCUUUCCCCUCCUCGCCGUCGUCUUCUCCCUCCCGCCAGCGCCAGCGGAGGCCGUCGCCGGAGCCGUCCAGCUCCGAUUCCGGCGCCGACGGCGGCGGUGGGGGAUCCUCAGCCUCCGACCGCCGCCGGCGUAAGCUCAAGCUCGUUGUCAAGCUCUCCCAGCUGCCCCCGGACCAGCACCACCGCCGGGCCCCACCGCCUCCCUCGUACUCGGACGACUCCGACGGGGCUGGGGAGGUGGGCGGGGACGGCAGCGGCGACGAGGAGCAGGUCAAGCCGCCCAAGAAGCGCCGGAUCGAGCCGCGCGCCGACAGAUCUCGCCAUCGCGAGAUUAUUGGUGGUGUUAGAAGCGACCCAGCGAGCGCGCCGCGGACGAAGCGGCUCCCAGUGCCAGGGACCGCGAGGACGACUCCGCUGCCGGACCGGAAGGCGCUGGAGAUGAUUCUUGAGAAGCUGCAAAAAAAGGAUACAUACGGAGUGUUUGCUGAGCCAGUAGAUCCAGAGGAGUUGCCUGAUUAUCAUGAUGUGAUUGAGCACCCAAUGGACUUCGGUACCGUCAGGAGGAAGCUUGCCAGGAACGCAUACCGCUCAUUUGAGCAAUUUGAGGAUGAUGUGUUCUUAAUUUGCAGCAACGCAAUGCAGUACAAUGCACCUGAUACAAUUUACUUCAGACAGGCCCAUUCCAUACAAGAGCUGGCAAGAAAGAAGUUUCAGGAACUGAGGGAUGAGGGCAUACCUAUAGAAAACCACCACAUAAAGAUUGAACAGAAAGCUAGACCAAACUCCUGCAAUAGAGAACCAGUUAAAAAGCCUGUCUUGCGGUAUCAGGAUGAUGAUCUAGACUUCCUGUCCCGCAAAGAGCAAGUUAAGAGACCCAAUCCAAAAAAUUUGGAAGGUGCUAUAAGCUAUAAAGAUCAAGUUAAGAAACCUGCGCCUGGGAAUUCACAGGAUGAGAGUUCUUUAUUCCACAAAGAGCGAGUUAGGAAACCCAUCUCCAGGAAUUCAGAUGAUGGUUUAAGUUCCUCAUUCCACAAAAACCGACCUAAGAAACUGUUCUCCAAAAAUUCGGAGGAUGACCUCAGCUCCUCAUUUGGCAAAGAGCAAGUUAGCAAAGUCAUUUCCAAGAAUUCGGAAAAUAAUGAAAGCUCCACUGUCCACAAACAGCACAUUAAGAAGACCACUCCCCAUAGCUCAAAAAAUGACUUAUCAUCCCAGAAAAAACACAUUAAGAAGCCAGUUUGCUCAAAUAGAGAAGAUCCAGAUUUCUCAUCCCGCAAAGAGCAUGUUGAGGAUCCCGUUUGCACAAAUGUUGAAGAUGCGGGCUUAUCCACAAAAAGGCUGGCAGAGAAGCCCAUUAGUCGGAACAGUGAGGACCUGGGCCAUUGCCACCAGGAGUCGUCUAAGAAACCUAGUUGCAGAGAUGGGCAAGAUGAUCUAGGUAACUCUUGCAAUGAAGAGACUGCUAAGAAGCCAGCUCGUAUGAAUAGCCAAGAUGCAAUGGGUUCAGAUAUCUCUGCUGCAACUAUUGCUUCUGUGGGAGACGGCUCUAAUGGCUUGAGCAUGUCGCAGGCUAAUACUACUGAACCUGCUGGUUGCACUGUUGCCAAUGGGUUUUUGGACAAAGACAUCAGCUCUCCAUUAGAUGAAAUAAGAUCUGAGAAGACCGACGAUAUUUUUGCUAAGCCCAGCUACAAGUCAAUUGUGGUAGAUGAGACUAGACGGAAAACUUAUGAAGAACAGCCUUCAGUGGAGUUUGACCCAGUUUUUGACAUAUUCUCCACGGAACCAAAAGAGCUUGUUAAUGUUGGGCUUGAUGCUGAGCACUCGUAUGCAUAUGCGAGAAGUCUGGCUCGUUUUGCUGGUUCGCUUGGUGCUCAAGGCUGGAGAAUCGCUUCUGAGCGCAUUCGGCAAGCAUUACCUGCUGAAGUAAAGUAUGGUCGUGGUUGGGUUGGAGAAUAUGAGCCUCCGUUACCGUCUGUUCUGGUUGUGAAUGAUCAAUCCAGAUAUGUGAAGACCUCUGAGGCAAAUGUGCGAAGGAAUACUUCGCUGCCUAGGGAUAAUGGAAGGCUCAGACCAACAGAAAGUAAUAAUCCAAAGGAUAUGAGUUUGAGUCUCCUUAACCGGAUAACCACUAGUAGCACUAAUGUAGUUGGAGUGCCUGGGCCACUUGAGAGUCCAGAAUUUAAGCCAAGAAUAUUUGGUGUUACUGCUGAGCCCCAACACAGGAGCACUGAUGCAUUAUCACCACAUGCGAAUCAUAGAGGACCUGGUAAUGUUGCAAAGACCAAAAGAACAGCAAAUGGCCAAACAAGAAAAGGCAACUCAUCUUCCAGUGCCCGCCCUAUUGAGAUGAAACCACAGAAAGGAGCUUCUGGUGCGCCUGAUAUGCCUGCCCUGAACAGAACUGCUGGCCAGCCUAGACCCUUUUUCCAACCAGCAGAAUCAAAUAGAACUCAGCAAAUGAGAAAAGUUGACUCAUUAAAAAGCAAUGUCCCUAUUGAAAUGGCACCACAGCGGCUUGAGUGUUCAAAAGGUGCUUCUCCUGGUGUGCAUGACACGCCUUCCUCAAAUGGGCAGCCUAAGCACUUCUUCCAGUCACAAGCAGCAGCAGCUUCUGGUGUGCAUGAUAUAUCUUCUUCAAACGGGCAACCUAAGCACUUAUUCCAGUCACAAGCAGCAGCUUCUUCUGAUGCGCAUGUUGUGCCAUCAAAUGGGCAGCCUAAGCACUUCUUGCAAUCACAGGGACCGGCUUCAUCUGGUGGGCAUGAUAUGCCUUCUUCAAACGGGCAGCCGAAACCCUUCUUCCAGCCACAAGAAGCGACUGUACCACAGCCCAGAAAUGAAGCGACAUGGGUGUACCAUGGACGGCCUGGUGAUGGGAAAGUUGGAACAUCCAACAAAAGCAGACCGUCGACCAGUGUUGGGUUUGUCAAUAAAAAUCAAGCAGUAAAUGCUGCAACUUUUGCCAUGAAUUUGAAUGGACAAAAAAAUGUCAGUGACCAUGCAAAACCAGUAGGCUCGACUGCAAUGCCUGGCCUCGCAAAUAUACCAAGUAGAGGUCUUGAUGCUUCCCGGAACAUGUUCUCAGCAUUUCCAGCAGCUGCUAGGGAGAAUCAGAACAUUCCGCCAGCUCCAUCUGCUCAAUCUUGGAUCUCAUUUGGUACUUCUACAGAGAACAAACCAGCCAUUGUUAGCCCGACUUUCCUUGACAAUAAUUCUGCUUGGAAGAUGCCAUUUGCAAAUGUUCGCCCUUCUGAUGAUACAAAAAUAAGUGCUGUUCCCCAGUUCUUUAGGCAGCCUGUUCAGGUAGUUAGAGAAAGCCCAGUUCAAAACAACGGUUUGGUAAUAUUUCCCCAGUUGGUCCAGCCGGAUUUCAUGAGAUCGCAGGGCCAACCCCAAUGGCAAGGGCUGGUUCCCCACAUGCAACAGAAGCCGAGCAAGGACGUACUCCGACCAGACUUGAACAUUGGGUUCCCAUCUCCAGGUUCGCCACCAGCUCGACAGUCGUCUGGCAUAAAUUUGGAAGCACAACAGCCAGACCUUGCGUUGCAGUUAUGAGAUGGGAAUUUGGAAGCACAACAGCCAGACCUUGCGUUGCAGUUAUGAGAUGGGAACGGACUGAUUACAUGCGACUGGUAGGUUGUGUGUCAGAAACACUAAACGUCUAAAGGCAUGUGGAGCUCAGGUGAAAACAGCAAUGGGACAUCCAUUACAUAUACUGGCAACAAUUAACCAGGAUGGGAAGCAUCAUUGCAACUUAAUCAGCGCAUCCCGCCGGUAUACAAUUACAAAUAUAUAAAAAAAUGGAUGGAUGAACACUGCUUGGAAUCAAUCAUGUCUUCUGGGGACAUUUUGACAGGAAUUCAGAAUCCAGCAUUUGUACAAAUGCUUUGGUGGCACAUAUGUAGGUAGCAUACUAGCAUGCCCAUGAUCCAGAUACUUUGCGCUCCUCUCUGACCACAAUACAGGUUUCUUCGGUGGAAAUUUUGGCACCAGAAUUUAGGAGGUAAAUUGUUCUUUUGGUAGCGUAGAUCUCGUGUCACCCCUAUGUAAUGCUCAUGUCAGUAUGUUGGUUGUAAAUGGUUCAGCAUUGAAUAGUGUUAGGGUAGAGCAGUGGCCAGUGGCCUCAUCUCUGAAUGAAUGAAUCUGCUUCUUUUGUUCAUGAUAUGUGUAGCAGGAAGCCAGGAACUGGGUCUAUGAUCGGUUCAGUUCAAAUGGCAUGCUGAAUGCAAAAAUGUUACCAAUUCUCUGUCU